AUAUUUUAACGAUUCCAUAUUUUGUACCGGAGCCUAAAUGGGAGCAGGCCACUUUACCGCAGCCCAAUAUACCGCCGCCCACUUUACCGCGCCCACUUUACCGCCGCCCACAUUACCGCGAGCCCACUUUACCGCGAGCCCACUUUACCGCCGCCCACUUUACCGCGCGCCCAUUAUACCGCCGCAAAAUUUUUUACUAUUUUGGCUGGGAAGUUGA